CUUUCACACACACAAAUAAAUAAAUUGGGCAGAUCGGAGUCCUCCCACGUGAAAUUCGGAAAAGGCGCACGUGCAAAAAGCACGGGUAAAGAAACAGUAGUGGAUGAGAGACGAAAAAGAGACAAAAUAGAGAGAGAAAGAGAGAGAGAGAGAGAGAGAGAGAGAGGCAUUUGCACUUCCAAAGCAAAGACCAAACGCUUCAUAGGAAGCUCCGCCUCAAAUCAAAACCCAUCCCAUCAUUUAUAAAAAUACCAUUCAAAUCCCUCCAAGCACAACCCAUGUCGUCAUUUUUCUCCUUUUGGUAUCCUGCAGCCACCCAAUGAACGGCCUCGUAUGUGCCCCAUGCACCCCCUCCCUCAACAACAGGAGACGUAACAGCACAUCCUCUAUCGCCGCCGCCAGCAUCGGAGAAGACGACAUGAACACGGGCAUGCCGUCGUCGCCCAAGAAGCCCAAGCCCAAGCCAAAGCCCUCCUUCUUGACUUGGACGGCGGAGGAUGUCGUCAACGUGGCGAGAUUCCAUUGGGUGCCCUGCAUAUUUGCCGUGGGGCUGUUGGUCUUCAUGGGGGUUGAGUAUACCAUUCUCAUGGUGCCCUCCACGUCGCCGCCUUUGGAUCUGGGCUUCAUUGCCACGCGUUCCCUGCAUCGUCUCCUUUCCUCUUCCCCAACCCUCAACACCUUCCUAGCUUUUCUUAAUACGGUGUUUGUGGGAAUGCAAGCUGUUUAUAUACUGUGGGCAUGGCUAAUCGAAGGUCGACCAAGAGCCACAAUCGCCGCUCUGUUCAUGUUCACUUGCCGUGGCAUUCUCGGUUCCUCCACGCAGCUUCCCUUGCCCCAUGGAUUUUUGGGGUCCGGAGUGGAUUUCCCGGUGGGUAACGUGUCGUUUUUCUUGUUCUUUUCCGGUCACGUUGCCGGAUCUUUGAUAGCAUCGCUGGACAUGAGAAGGAUGCAGAGGUUGGAAUUGGCAUGGAGUUUCGAUUUGCUGAAUGUGCUUCAGGGAGUGAGGCUGUUGGGUACCAGAGGUCAUUAUACGAUAGAUUUGGCUGUUGGAGUUGGUGCCGGGAUUCUCUUUGAUUUUCUUGCCGGAAAAUACGAGGAAACCAAGAGAAAACCAAGCAUUCUUGCUGCAGCUGCUACAACAACAAUUGCUACUAAAGAGACUUUGUUUACGUAAACAGAAAAAAGUAUUUGCCUAAUGUAGAGGGACCAGUUAGGGAUAGCCAGUGCUCCGAAUUUGUUGAAAAGGAAAUGAAAAAAAUGCUAUACAUAUUCGAAAGACAACAGUGAAAAAAAAAGAAAAAUUGUAUGGAAUUGUAUAGAAAUUUGAGAGGUUAAUGCGGUUGCUUUCACCGGCAUUUUCCUUUUUACAUUUUUAUUGUACUUCUUUUUUGAAGAAUUCUUUUGGUCAAUCCGAGUUUUGAGUUUCUAAUUUUAA